AUGGUGUCCUUGGCAACUAAAUCCACUACAUUUUCAAUUAAUCAAGUCUGGAUUAUUCUUGAUUACCUCUGGCCAGUUCUGGAGGACCCUGUGUUUAUUACAGUAUUUAGUGUACUGUUUAUCCUUCCGGCCACUUUGUUCGUACUUCAUGUCCUGUUUGUUCUCUUUACAACAAGCUGGGCUGCAAUUUUGAUGUGGAUUCUGACAGUAUCGGUUUCCAUCACAACGGGCCUUGCGGUUCUUGUACCCUUCUUUUUGUUUGCCGUGUUUACUGCUACUGUUCUGACUGGCCUUUGUACAAUUCUGAAGCACUUUUCUUCAGCCGACUGUACCAGCCUAAAAGAUAGACUAUUGACUAUGAGUAAUAAACCAUCUUAA